UUCCUGGUCAACAUAGAAAUGUGGAGUAUAUUGACUGAGUCUUCAUGCAGACAAGAUCAUUAUGGUCCUGGUAGGUAGACCAGGUAUCUAUCUGGAUACAAGCUAUGUAGAUUGAUCUGUGUGACCAGCCCAUUUUCUGUAAAAGAAGAAUCCUCCAAAGUGAGUGCUUUAAGAUCCACUACAGGAUUGUAAGCAGCACUCCUUCCACAAUCAAACUUCAGGUCACCACACCUUGGAUAGAGUAUGGCCACUUCCUGGGGCACAGUCUUUUUCAUGCUGGUGGCAUCCUGUGUUUGUAGCACUAUCUUCCAUAAAGAUCAGCAGACUUGGUUUGAGGGUGUCUUCCUGUCUUCCAUGUGUCCGAUAAAUGUCAGUGCCAGCACCUUGUAUGGAAUUAUGUUUGAUGCAGGAAGCACUGGAACUCGGAUUCAUGUUUAUACCUUUGUGCAGAAAAUACCAGGACAGCUUCCAGUUCUGGAAGGGGAAAUCUUUGAUUCUGUGAAGCCAGGACUUUCUGCUUUUGUAGAUCAACCUAAGCAGGGUGCUGAGACUGUUGAAGAACUCUUAGAGGUGGCCAAAGACUCAAUUCCCCAAAGUCACUGGAAAAGGACCCCAGUGGUCCUGAAGGCAACAGCAGGACUGCGCUUACUGCCAGAACAGAAAGCCCAGGCUCUGCUCUUUGAGGUGGAGGAGAUCUUCAAGAAGUCACCUUUCCUGGUCCCAGAUGACAGUGUUAGCAUCAUGGAUGGAUCCUAUGAAGGCAUAUUGGCUUGGGUUACUGUGAAUUUCCUAACAGGUCAGCUACAUGGCCACAGCCAGGAGACAGUGGGGACUCUGGACCUGGGUGGGGCCUCCACCCAAAUCACAUUUCUGCCACAGUUUGAGAAAACCCUGGAACAAACCCCUAAGGGCUACCUCACUUCCUUUGAGAUGUUUAACAGCACUUAUAAGCUCUAUACACAUAGUUACUUGGGAUUUGGAUUGAAAGCUGCAAGACUAGCAACCCUGGGAGCCCUGCAAACAGAAGGGAUUGAUGGACAUACUUUCCGAAGUGCCUGUCUACCAAGAUGGUUGGAAGCAGAAUGGAUCUUUGGGGGUGUGAAAUAUCAGUAUGGUGGCAACCGAGAAGGGGAGAUGGGCUUUGAGCCCUGCUACAAUGAAGUGCUAAGGGUGGUGCAAGGAAAGCUUCACCAGCCAGAGGAGAUCCGAGGAAGCUCCUUCUAUGCUUUCUCUUACUAUUAUGACCGAGCCGUUGAAACACACAUGAUUGAUUAUGAAAAGGGGGGUGUUUUAAAAGUUGAAGACUUUGAAAGAAAAGCCAGGGAUGUGUGUAAUAACUUGGAGAACUUCACCUCAGGUAGUCCUUUCCUAUGCAUGGAUCUCACCUACAUCACUGCCCUGCUAAAAGAUGGCUUUGGCUUUGCAGAUAGCACCCUCUUACAGGAUCAAACCCAGUGCCUCACACAUUCUAGGCAACUGCUCUACCACUGAGCUGAAACUGCAGCCCUGAAUCCUAGGUUUCUUGACUUGGAUUCAUAUGACCUCUCUCUGCUACUGAAGAAGUGGUUACAAGAACUUCAGCUGAAGUUUGAUCAAGGGAGCAAAGGCCAGGGGGUGCCUGUGGCUGUCACACAAAUUUGCUCUAUUUGAAGAACCCAGGAGCAGAUAUGCCAGGCCAGUUGCAUUAGCUCAUCCAUUAGUAGAUUUUAUUUGGCAGAAGAUAUGAAGGAUCAGAAAGGUGAUCUGAGUGACUUAAAUUAAGACUUCAUCAAUAUUGAAUGCUUCAUGCAUAUGUAGUGUGUCAUAUAUAUUUUAUGUAAGCCUCUAGGUUCCUCUUUGUCUUCCUCUUUGUUGAUUUCAGCAAAUGCAGGUUCUGUCUUAUCUGUAGUAUUUCUCUAUUUUAAAAUAUAUCUUAGGAGUUUUUUCCACCCCAUUUAUUUUCUUACCUUCUGUACCAUGAUUGAGCUAUGGUUACCGAGAUGAUUAAGAUGUUAUCUACAGAAAAAUAUAUAAAGAUGAAAAAAAGAGAAAAGCUGUAUUAUUUGCAGAUGAUGGGAUUUUUAAACUCUGAAUUCCAGGGAAUAUUAUUAGAUCACAUACAAUUCAGAAGGUAGUGUGUCAGUGCCUACUAAUAUAUCUAUUGGAUAGAGUAGUAGGUGGUUUACUAAAAUUAUGAAUUGUAUGUGUAUUUAUGUGACAGAAGGUUUAAAUAUAUGUUGGAAUGGUUAAAAAGAUAUAUGUAAUAAAAGACUAUCAAAACA